GAGAGAGCAGCAGGGCAGGGCGCCGAGGGUGGGUUGUCGGCUGCUGCUGUCGCUGCUGUCGCGGUCGGAGCCGGCAGGAUGAAGCAGGGCCCCGGAAAACUAGGCGGGAAGCCCCGUGUCAACGGCUGCAGCCUCACCCAGAACGGCGGCCUGAAGAACGGCGGCCUGAAGAACGGCUACGUGCGAGGCGCUGCCGACGCCCACAGCCAGAAUCAUCACAUUGCCCACAAUGGAGCCUUGUAUAAACGACCCUUCAAUGAAGCUUUUGAGGAAACUCCAAUGCUGGUUGCGGUGCUGACUUAUGUAGGCUAUGGUGUCCUCACCCUUUUUGGAUAUCUUCGAGACUUUUUGCGGUACUGGAAAAUUGAGACAUGUCAUAAUACAACAGACAGAGAAGAACAGUUGGAUUUUGUCCCUUUGUACCAGGAUUUUGAGAACUUCUAUACUAGGAAUCUGUACAUGCGCAUUAGAGAUAGCUGGAACAGACCAAUCUGCAGUGUUCCUGGAGCCAGGGUAGACAUGAUGGAGCGGGUUUCCCAUGACUACAACUGGACCUUCAAGUACACAGGGAAAGUGAUAAAAGAUGUAAUUAACUUGGGGUCCUACAACUAUCUUGGAUAUGCACAGAACAAUGGACCUCUCAGAGAGUCAGCAGCUAAAGUUCUAGCACAGUAUGGAGCUGGAUCAUGCAGCACAAGGCAAGAAAUGGGAAACUUGGACAAACAUGAGGAGCUAGAAAGAUUAGUGGCUAGAUUCCUUGGUGUAGAUCAUGGAACAGAUAUGUGUAACUGCAUGGAUGAACAAUCCGAGAACGGCUGCUUAAUACUGAGCGAUGAGUUGAACCAUGCAUCUCUUGUACUAGGAGCAAGGCUUUCAGGAGCAACUAUCAGAGUCUUCAAACACAAUAAUAUGCAGAGCCUGGAGAAACUGCUCAAAGAUGCCAUUGUAUAUGGACAACCUCGCACACACAGGCCCUGGAAAAAAAUUCUCAUUGUUGUUGAAGCUAUAUACAGCAUGGAGGGAUCCAUAGUCCGUCUACCGGAAGUAAUUGCACUUAAGAAAAAGUACAAGUCAUACCUGUAUCUUGAUGAAGCUCAUAGUAUAGGAGCAGUGGGUCCCUCUGGCCGGGGUGUGGUGGAGUAUUUUGGACUUAACCCGCAGGAUGUGGACAUUAUGAUGGGGACAUUCACCAAGAGCUUUGGAGGUGCUGGAGGAUACAUUGGAGGCAAGAAGGAGCUGAUAGAUUACCUUCGUGUCCACUCUCAUAGUGCAGUUUAUGCCACAUCCCUAUCUCCUCCGGUAGUGGAGCAAAGCAUCACAGCAAUGAAGAGUGUUAUGGGUGAAGAUGGCACAACAAUUGGCAAGCAGAGGAUACAGCAGCUGUCUGAAAACACCAAGUAUUUCCGAAGGCGGCUUAAGAAAAUGGGUUUCAUCAUCUAUGGAAAUGAAGACUCUCCUAUUAUACCUUUGAUGCUGUAUAUGCCUGCAAAAAUUGGAGCAUUUGGGCGAGAGAUGUUGAAAAGGCACGUAGCUGUUGUUGUUGUGGGGUUCCCUGCCACUCCAAUAAUUGAAUCCAGAGCCAGAAUUUGUUUAUCGGCAGCUCAUACCAGAGAAAUACUUGACAUUGCUUUAAAGGAAUUAGAUGAAGUUGGAGACCUCUUGCAAAUAAAAUAUUCCCGUCACCGAUUGGUACCUCUCCUUGACCGGCCUUUCGAUGAGACUACAUAUGAAGAGACAGAAGACUGAAUUCUCCCUCUGUGUCCUGUGGAGUUUGCUCCUCUAUAACAAGACUCUUGUAUGGUUCUGAGGCCAAGGUUUUUGAACCAAGCACUCACUUACUGCUUUAGCAUAUAAACAGUGACUUUUUACUUGCACAACUGAAGUAGCUACAGGAGCUCAAAAUUGUGUUUUGUAUGUGGCAAAGCAAAAUCUGGCUUUUAUUCCUAUCGCUUCAGGGUCUUGCCAUUGGAAAGUGCAUGGCUCUAACAUGCUGCUUUCUUAUUUAUUUGUCACAGUGACAUCACGGUGGCCAUAGCUGCAGUGGGUAUGUUACCUGUCAUGCUGCCAUGUGGACAUUGUGAGUGUGUCUUAGGAAGCUACAGUGCUUCUGUCACAACAUUUCCAGAUUCAUGCCCAAAAUCUACCCACGUUGGGAGUGCAAGACCUUUCAUUUUCAGUCAGGACUUAUGAGGAGAUUGUUGGCUGCUAACUUAAAUAUAUUUAACAAGAAAUAA